AUGAAGAAGGCGGCCCCGGGGGGCGACGAGCAAUUUAAGACCGCCGCAGCCACCAUACUCAAAUACAUAGGGACCGGGGAGAGGCCCGGCCUUUUUGCCCUGGGAGCGCUGCGCCUGCUACCCAGCAGCAUCAAGCUGCCGGGCGGCAACGUGGCGCGCGCCCCCGAUGAGGACAAGUUCCGCCGCAUCAACCUGGGCAACGCGGCCUUCCAGUCCAGGGUGGCGGUGGUACCCGGGGCCAUUGAGCUGCUGGAGACACUGGGGUUCAGGCGCGAGGAGGACGGCUCCGCGCUGGUCAUGCCGCGGGAGGCGGCCGACCCCUCUGCCCUGAGUGACGCGGGGUCCGAGGUUAACAACGCCCUCACAAACCCCUUCUUCGGGGCCCUGUGA